GUUCGGUAGUAACACGAUAGGUAAUUGGCUCCUUUAUCGUGACUGUAUGAGGGAAGGUGAACCAAUGAGGCGCCUGCGGUGGGCUGAGUGCAGGCGCCGUGCCGCGUCGGGCAGGGCUGGACGGGACCGGUGGGUGUUGAGCAGUUCACUGGAAGGGAUUGAAGCUGCGAUUAGAUCCAUGUCGUUUCACUCACUCAUUGUCGGUUAGGGCGAUUGUACUUUGUCCACGCUAACUAAUUGCUUAACGCACGAAUUGAUCCAAGCGACGAUUUGGGCGCUUGGUUUUUAAAGUGGAAAUACAUUGCUCAAACAUAUGGCAUAGUGGAUGGUGGCAUAAUGAGCGGGGAGCCUGAUGCACUAGCAGUAGUAAACCAGCUGCAAGAUUUAGCAUCUGACCCCUUGAACAGACGAGCGAUUGUACAGGAUCAGGGGUGUCUGCCUGGGUUGAUUCUAUUCCUAGAUCACGCAAAUCCUCAAGUUGUUUAUUCUGCACUACUGGCUCUGCGAUAUCUGGCAGAAUGUCGAUCCAACAGGGAGAAAAUGAGAAGCGAAUUAGGCAUGAUGUUAAGUUUACAAAAUGUGAUCCAAAAGACAACAACACCUGGUGAAACUAAGAUAUUAGCAACUGAAGUCUAUGAGGUUUUGCAGUCUUCAAGCUGUGAGGAAUCUGACUACACAAGUGAUUAUAACUCUCACAGACGCAAGCCGCAAUUUUUUCUGGGAAGUACUAACAAGCGUGCAAAAACAGUUACCCUGCAAAUAGAUGGCUUGGAUGAUUCGUCACGGAGAAACAUAUGUGAAGAAGCAUUGUUGAAAAUCAAAGGUGUUAUCAGUUUUACUUUCCAGAUGACUGUGAAAAGGUGUAUUGUGCGGAUCCGAUCUGAUCUGAAAGCAGAGGCUCUGGCAUCUGCUAUUGCAGCAACCAAAAUUUUGAAAGCACAACAAGUGAUCAAAAAUGAGAGUGGAGAGGAGAUGCUGGUUCCGUUCCAUGGUACACCUGUUGAAGUGGAGGAAAACACAGAUUUACCAGACUACUUACCUGAGGAUGAGAGUCCAGCAAAGGAUAGUGACAAUGCUGUGUCCCGUGUUGGGAGUAAACAAGAAGUUGGUAGUGGCUGGUUCAGUACAGCAGCAAACUUUUUAUCGCGGUCAUUUUAUUGGUGACAGGUGGGAUCUGCAUCAGAAUCGGGUACAUGUAGGAUUGUGGAAACCAUUUUCCCAUUGUUGUGAUGAAUUGCCAAGUGCAGUUUGUACUAAUGCAGACACUGCAGUUUGUAGAGGCUUUAUGUAUAUUGCAUCUUCAUUUAAACAAGAAGCUAAGCUAUCAGCAAUAGAGGAGAUCCCUCCUGCCUUUAUCACUGAAUUGCCUCGCAAUCAUGUUUUUAUUUUUUUUAACUGGUCCACAUCAGUACCAAAUAACAUCAAAACUGAAGCUUGAGCACCCAGAAUUUGGACAGUUUCUUCUGCAGCAUCCUACAUUGGGUCCUGUAAUCAAUUCUUAUUUCUUGAAUACUGUACAGAAGACCUCUUUGUUAAUAUGUGUGUUGUGCAUGAAUUUCUUUUGGAUGUUACACAUUUCAGUGGCACUUACAAAUAUUUACUGUUUGCUCAAGAUCUAAAGCGUUACAUAUGCCUUAUUUUUGUUCAAAUUCUAAAGCCUUUAUAACAUGCCUUUUCUAUUUGAAUAAUGAAAUACAGCAUGCUCAUUGGUGCAUUUUGUCCUCGUAACUUAUUAAUUUUCAACCAUUUCUGUGCACUAAAGUAGCACCCUGCUCAGUGUAACUGGCAUGUUGCCUUUUAAUCCAGUUUUUUGACACACAAAGUAAUAUGUCAAAGCCCGUUAACUGCACUUUGUUGCAUUGUAAGAUGAAAAUAUUAUUCAAUUUUACUUUGCUAGAUAUAUAAAAACUAUAAUUUGAUAUUUGAAUGUUUUGAGGUGAAAGGUAUGUAUAGUGUUCAGCUGAAGUCUUUGUUACAACUUCAUUCAUGUAAUCAACAUUUAGUUUGGUAGACUAUUAUUCCAUAAAUGCAUAUCAUUGUAAUAAUUUCCAUUAAACAUUGGACUACAUCUACAAA